AUGAGCCUGCAAUACCUCGCUCCAGAGAACACGAAGCGUGCGCAAGCAACAGCAGUCAACGUCUUCACGGCUUUCCUCGCCUCCGAUAAUGUCACUCUCGAAUUUAUCCGCGCUACCCUCUUGGCAGAUACCAGUGGUUCGGUGCUCGUGAAGUUGCUGGACCGCUUCGCGAUGCACGUCGCGUUUGCUCGAGGCCGAAGCGGGGAUCUACGCAAGCGGAGCACCGUGAUGAGCUACUACCGGAACGUCAAGAACUGGCUGCUGGAGGAUUUCCCCCAGCACCGCCACAUUGUGGAGCAGCGGCUACUCAAGAUGGGUCGCAUUUUGGAGCGGCAC